AUGCUCGAGCUUCUGGUGAGCUUCUCGCCACAGCUGCCCCGCGCUAUGCUUGCGGCUGGUCCAGGCGCGCGAUGCGCCACGGAGCGACGCUGCUGCGUGGGCUCAAAAAGCACUCUCAGCUUCAUGGUAGAGCGUGUUCCUGCUCGUUACGCGCGUGAGCGAGGUGUCUGCCUCGCACCCGCAGUCGGCGUACGGGAGGUGAUGAUGGUAACGUGUUGUGCUGCCGGUCGCAAGGAUGGCGCACAGGCUGCGCUGGAGGUGGGCAUGUGGUGGGUCGACCGCUGCCUCAGCACAGCCGUGCAGCAAGCGGGUGGAGGGACGGCGGUGCUGUUUUGUUGUUUGAAAAUCGUGGACGUCGCAGUGGAGCGGCUAACGCUCUACACCAGUGAGGACUCGCCGCUCUCUGCAUCAGCAGCCAUCGGGAGUAUGCGCAUGCCUCGGCAUUUCUUUGGGCUGCAGCUGUUUCGCCUUGGAGAACUGCGUCAUGUGCAGCUCUCCCCGUCAGUGCGCCGUCUGGUCGUCGAGGUUGACGUCCGAUCGUGCCUGCGUUGGCCCCAGUCAGAGGUGAACAACUUUCUAGCCAGUUUGCAGUCCCCUCUGCGUGCGGUUCGUGUAGCAACGUGCUCCGUAUCUCCCGUGAAGCUGCUGAACAAGUUUCACGCAUCCCUACAUGUUCUCUACUUGUUCCGUCGAGCAACCACCGUCCGCGACCCCGCCGACACUCGAGCGCCUGUAAACAUGGAAGAUGAGGAGUACGAGGAAGAAGAGAGCAACACCAGCCCAUCUCUGACGCUUGCCAUAGAUGCGCCUGCCACGGCGCAACACGCAACCCAGCUCCAUGCGGCGGUGCACGGGGUUGCACAGUUGUCACCCACGGCGCGGACGGUGGCAGCGCAGUCGACAUCGACCACCUCGACCACUGCCACCGGCGCGCGAAGCCGGCGGACGAGGCGCCUGCGCCUCUCCUCUGCCGCCGCGGCUGCACCGGUGCUUGAGGAGCUCCACGUGACGGGCUCGGCCCGGCGUUCGUUGCCCCGCUGGGUGGAGACGUGCACGCGCCUGAGACACAUCACACUGCGCAACUGCGCCUACAACCGAGUGGACUCGCUCCGUUCUGCCCGAAAGCUCACAAGCGUCUUGCUCGACGGGUGCGCGAGUUUUGUCGGGUUCGACUGUUUAUGUGGCUUCCCGGAGCUGCGGUCGGUAACCGUGAAGAACUGCGGGCUUUUGCGAGACCUCUCGUGGCUGCCGCGGCUGAGGGGCUCGCUGUGCUACCUGUGCAUUCACCACCUGUCGCCGGCGUUGGCCACCACGUUUGCGUCCGCCUCUUCUCUCGGGAUGGGUCUGAGCGGGCUUGAGGAGCUCAAUCUCUCCAUGCCGAGCCUGCACGCACUGCGGUCCUUUGUGGCGCACUCCUCUGCCACACUGCGUGAGUUGACGCUCUUCACGUGCAUGAACUUGAGCGGUUUUUCGGACCUUCCCGCGCUGCCCGCCUUGGAGAGGGUGGUGAUCACCGGCAACUACCACAUGCAGAACUUUGUGUGGCUGUCGAGGUCGCCCCGUGUUGUCGAGGUGCGUGCAACGCAGUGCUCGCAGCUGAUGUCCUUGACCGGACUCAACGCGCUGCAUCAGCUGCGCUUACUCGACAUCAAUGGGUGCCAAAGUGUUCGCACCAUCGCCCCGCUCGUUGAGUGCGUUUCGCUGACAUACCUGGACGUGUCAAACUGCGGUGUGCUGACGAGAGUAUCCGUGCUCGAAAAGCUCCCUUGUCUCCAGUGCGUGCUGAUGCACAACUGCACGUCGCUGGCGAAGGACUUCGGGUGGAUCGAGGCCUGUCCGAAGCUCGUGGAGCUCAUGGUGCCUGGACCGUCGUGGGUCGAGGCGGCGAGGGGUGUGCUGCGUCGCCUCGGCCGCCGUAAUGUAGUCCUUCGCUGA